AUGCACGAGUUGGCAAGGGAAAUAGCCGUUCCUCCAGGACUCAACUGGGCCAAGGGGAGGUUGUGCUCCGACGAUGGCAUGGGCACGGGUUUCAGAGGGGUGAUCUGCGAUGACUAUGGGUUCCCCAUAUCCAUAGCACCAGUGAUUCCAGAUGGGGAGGUUGGAAGAGGCUUCUCUCAACUACCAACAGCCCUCGCUAAACUCACAACCGUUACACUUCUCUCCUUCAACGCCUUCCAGCUCAACGCCAAGCUCUCCUCAUUCGCCCUUGUCGUCAAAUGCAUGCCCCGCCUCAAAUACCUGGACUUGUCAGUCAACUCACUCUAUGGCCUCAUACCACCUUACCUCACCCAGUCUGACUCCAUCGAGUUCCUAUCCCUCUAUGCCAAUCAACUGACAGGACCCAUCCCCCCCUUCUCUCCCACUCUCAAGUCACUCCAAAUCCACCAUAACUUUCUCUCGGGCAGGCUGCCCGCUGCCCGCCACCUCAUCGACUUGGCUAAGAGGACGUGUGCUUGUAAAGGGGGGAAUGUGUGUGUGCCUGUAUAUGAUAGUGAUGAUGGGGAUGGGAGCAGCGAGGGGGUGGAGAACGCAGGAAAUUCUCCAGACGCAUGGGUGUGUUCCAAAUGCCCCGUGGGGACGUUCCAAUUCGCCAAUACCUGUGUGUCAUGCAGGAAGCUGUACUUCACUCAGUGCUACAGGAGAUGGACCAAGAGCAAGUUCUCCUGCUAA